UUUAGACAGGUUCAUUGAUGAGUGGCUGACAAUAAUUGUUCAUCGAUUACAACAAAUAUCUUCCACUAAAGUAUAUGAAUGUCAUUUGCGGAAGUGGAGGAAAACGCGGCAUCGUCUACAACAAACAGUGAGGAAUUUGAAGAUGCUCAAGACGAGUUACGACCACUUCCCGAACGUUCCACAUUGGUAAUUGGUACAGGACGUGGCAGUAAUCAUAUUUCACGACGUGAUGCCUUACCGAUCGGAAGUGAAAUAAAUGAUACGGCGAUCAGCAAACAACUGUCACUAUCAUCUCAGUCUGGAAAUAUCUCAACUUCGCCCACUUCCCCAUCGUUAAAAGAUGGUAUAGCAGCGGAUCGUCGGUACCGUUUAGAUGCUUUACGGAAUCGAAUGACAAAUGAAUUUGGGUCAGGACAUACGUUGCUGAACACUGGUGGUGUUGGCUACACUGAUGAUGAUGCCGGUUCAGCGAGCGAAAGUGCGUCUUUGGCAUCCUGGGGACGUAAUCUACUUAUACAAGCUCCAUAUACAAAGAUGAAGUUGGUGUAUCCAGCUGAUACAAUUAGUACGAAGGCUUUUUCCAGCUAUCAGAAUCUAAGCAGCGGAACAGACUCGUUCUCACAGAACAUUAAUUUCGAUAACAACAGUGGAUUGCAGAAUGUAAAAUCAGCACCACGUUCUUGUUCUCCAAUAUCUCAGACAUCGUGCGAUAAUACUGCUUUUGGUGUAAAGCUCCCACCUCCUCAUAGUAUUCCUCCGCCAUUACCACCAAGAAAGCCGUGCGGAAGACUUCCUAAUGCCCUUUCACCUCAGCAGGUGGAUUCGCUUAUUGGAAAAGGGAUAUCACCAACGAAAGAAGUAGAGGAAUCGAAGACUGACGCAAGCCAUUUAUCAUUUCAUACUGUCAAGCCAGAAAAACCGUUGAAGAAGGACGCUAUUUCUUUGGUUGAUGGUUUUGCCCGAUUACGUGGACAUGCAAAAACAAAUUCAUUGGAUCGUGGAUUGAGUUUGGCAAAAAGCAUGAAAUCGGGUCCAUUUCCACCACGUAGUGAUAAAAGUAAUUCCUUGAAACGGGAGUAUUUUGCUGAUUCUCCGUGCAGUUCACCCUACUUGUCGUUUGAUGGAGGAGAAGAAGAUCUAAGAAAUAGCGAUGCACAGGGCGUUAUUCAUCAAAUCACCUCUUCAAUACUUAAUGAGCCUUUAAAAGAAGAAGUGUUAGCGUUGGAAUCACCCGUGCGUGGCAUACCAAGCGGUCGUUUAUCAUCAGUUGGCGAAGAAUUUUCUACUAACUCUUCAAUUUCUACUUCCUCCCCGAAAAGAUCAGUUUUAAACGAUGGCAAAGUAGCAGAUGAUGCUUCUCAGGACAAAUUAUAUAAAUUGCAAAUUACGAUUCCAAAAUCUACAAGUCACUCAAGAAUGGAUUCAGAUUCAUCGUUAAAAGAUCUUGCGGUUACGGAUCAUUCGAAACCAUCACCGGAGCCAGUUUCCGUGAAGGACAAUUGUACCACGCAAAAUGCUCAAACUGAAUAUUCAGAUCCAAUAACUCGAGAUGUGGAAAGACGUAUGAGCAUGAAAGGACAUCAGCAGACUUCUGGAGAAUUGGAAGAUGGUCCUUCUUCACUUACAAUUCCAUCAUCAAGCAGUUUCGGUCGUGCAGCAGGAUUCGUUAAAGGAUAUGGAACGGUUGCAUCUGAGCUAUUUCGUGGUGCUUUUUUACGGGCAAAAAAUGUCGUGUCUUCAAGCUCAACAUCAAAGUUCUCUAAAGAAGACGAUGAAAGUUGUAAUGAAAGUGAUCGUGAAGAUUCUUCCAUAGCUGAGGGUACUCCUAUUGUACGUCCAAGAAAUUCGAAAAAAGGACCAUUUGAUUUUGAUGGCACACGUUGCUACCAAGAGCUAAAUAACGAGCAUACGGGUGCUAUAUGGUGCAUGAAAUUUUCGUUAUGCGGGCGCCUGUUGGCUACGGCUGGUCAAGAUAGUAUAAUACGGGUUUGGGUGCUGCGCAAUCAUUUGUCAUAUUUCAAUGCCUUACGUGACCGUUACAAUUCACAUUCUAAGAAAAUUUCAAUGACUGGGAGCGAAAAUGUGUUACAAAACCCGAUGCAAGAUAUUGAAAAUGAUUUACGUUCUUCCUCUACUACGCUUGGCGAAAGCGUCGGGUCAUCCACAUCACACGAUGAUGAAAGUAAUUCCCUAACGACUGCUUUAAUGGCAUCAAAACCAUUAUGUACAUAUAGAAGUCAUACUGCUGACGUAUUGGAUUUGUCAUGGUCUCGUAAUUACUUUAUUCUGUCUUCUGGAAUGGAUCGUACUGUUAAACUUUGGCAUCUUUCCCGUCCAGAAUGUCUUUGUUGUUUUCAGCAUAUGGAUUUUGUUACAUGCAUUGCCUUCAUGCCAAAGGAUGACCGCUAUUUCCUUUCUGGAUCAUUGGAUGGCAAACUUCGCCUAUGGCAUAUACCGGACAAGAAAGUUGCUUUAUGGAACGAGGUGGAACAAGUGAAAUUUAUAACAGCUAUCGCAUUCGCCAAAAAUGGGAAAUUUGCGGUAGUAGGUACAUAUGAUGGUCGUUGUUUUUUCUAUACAACUGAUCAACUCAAAUAUCACACUGUCAUUGAUGUCAGGUCAAGUCGAGGAAAAAAUGCCAGAGGACAUAAAGUAACAGGCCUAGCCGUGCAUGGAGAUAAAUUAUUAGUCACUUCGAAUGAUUCACGUAUUCGCAUGUAUGAUCUGCGAGAUAUGGCCCUUACUUGCAAAUUUAAGGGUGCUCAGAAUGAAAGAAGUCAGAUCCGAGCUUCUUUAUCACCUGAUGGUAAACAUAUUGUUUGUGGAAGUGAAGAUCGUUUUAUUUAUAUUUGGACAACUGCUGAUUUACCAUCCUCAUUAGCUGUCCGCAAAGAUCGCAAUGAUUCUUGGCAACGUUUGCGAGGUCACUCAGCGUGUGUAACGGUGGCAAUAUUUGCACCUCGUCCACAGCUGUUUUUAAACCUUCUGGAACAACGACGCAGCGGUGAUGACAGGAGUGAACAGUCGAAAAUUAGCAAAAAUAUAUCAGAUCGGCAAAUUCACGGCGAUGUCAUCAUUUCAGCGGAUCUGAAUGGUUCAAUUCGUAUUUUCGUGAACCGUACAAGGAUCAAAGCUGGCUCGUCCAAUUUUUUCCCCACUGAUUAGUUCUCUAAAAAUCUUGAUUUAGGUUUGAGUUCGAAUAUUGUUCAGUUUCAUCCUUCUUACCUGGUCAUUGAUGCAUUUUUAAUCUUCAUCCUGGGUUUUUAUAACAAGUGUUUAAUUAUUUAUGCUUCACUGUAUGUGUUUAUUUUCCUUAAUCAGCCAGCACCAGUACUGACCUAGGAAGAAUGUUCUCGAUCUUCCGCAAAUUGGGUGAAACAUUGUCCAGUCGCUUAUAUUAGACUGUCACUAUAUUCAG